CACCUCAAAGCUUUCACCCCUGCGCCCGAGCGGCCACACCUGUGGGCAGACAGGGAGGCCACUCGAGGCAGCCCCGUGGCACGGCCCAUGGACCCGGGCAGCUCCGAGCUGAGCAGCAGAGCUCUGGGCACCACAGCUCUCCGAGCGCAGCAUCCCACCCCAGCACUGCCCGUGGGGGGAAUCGGUGCUGGGCUGCCAUCUGCAGAAUGGGGAGGCAAAACCUUAACAGUUAACACGCCGACCGUGCCAAUGCCAUGGCAGGUGGCUGCUCCACGUGCGCACCUGUGGGGCAGCUCUGCCGACGGCUGGUCUGACCAGAGACAGCAUCACAAAACCACCACCAGCAUCCCUCUGUCCUUGUCCUCUUUAAGCAGAAACUAUUUCACAAAGCCCAGAAUAAUUGGAGGAAAAUUAGCUGCCUUCACGGUGCUGGCCAACUCAGAUGCUUUCAUUCCGUGUGAAGCUACAGGCAACCCCCAGCCAACAAUAGAGUGGACCAAGAUCUCCCCAGAGACCGAUGCCCCCGCGAGCGGCAGCAGGUGGAUGGUGCUGCCCAACGGCACGCUCGCCAUCGCGCGGGCAGCCCUGCAGGACGGCGGGCAGUACUGCUGCACUGCCACCAAUGCUCUGGGCACGGCACGGCUCCUGGCCACGCUGGCCGUGGUGGCCUACCCGCCCCGCAUCGCCGGCGGCACGCGGCUCCUCACUGCCCAUGCCGGGACGCCCGUGGCCAUGAGGUGUCCGGCCGAGGGCAGACCUCCUCCCUCCAUCUCGUGGGUUCUGGGCAAUGAAACGCACAUUUCCAGCUCUUCCCAGGGAAAUCAGAAAGUUCUCGUGUGGCCGGAUGGCACCUUAAUGAUCAAGAACGUCACGGUUUACGACAGGGGCCUCUACACAUGCACGGCCACAAACCCAGCAGGCACCGACACGCUGACUGUGAAGCUGCAGGUCAUCGCAGCCCCUCCCGUCAUCCUGGAGGAAAAGAGACAGCGGAUCACAGCUACGGCGGGGCAAGACCUGAACCUUCCUUGCACCGCAGAAGGGAAUCCUCAGCCCCGCGUCCACUGGGUCCUCCCCGAAGGGAUGGUGGUGAAGCCCCUGCAGUUUGUGAACACCAGGGUGCUGCUGCUUCCCAACGGCACCCUGCGGCUCGGCGGCCUCGUGACCACCGACAGCGGAAACUACGAGUGCAUCGCCACGAGCUCGACGGGCUCGGAGCGCCGGGUGGUGACCCUCACUGUGCGGCACCGGGACACACUGCCAAGGAUCGCUGCCGCCUCCCAGGGCAUGACCCAGCUCAGUUUUGGGGAUAAACUGCUGCUGAACUGCACGGCCACAGGGGAGCCCCAGCCUAGGAUAAUCUGGAGGCUGCCAUCCAAGGCGGUCGUAGACCGGUGGCACAGAAUGGGAAGUCGAAUCCACGUGUACCCCAAUGGAUCCCUGGUUAUCGAGGCAGUUACUGAAAAGGAUGCGGGGGACUAUUUGUGUGUCGCAAGAAACAAAAUUGGAGAUGAUCUGAUACUGAUGAAAGUCAGCAUCGCAAUGAAACCAGCCAAGAUUGACCAGAAACAGUAUUUCAAGAAACUGGUGCCCUAUGGAAAAGAUUUCCAGGUGGACUGCAAGGCCUCCGGGUCACCUGCACCAGAAAUAUCCUGGAGUUUGCCGGACGGGACAGUGAUCAACAACGAGAUGCUGGCAGAUGACAGCGGACACAGGUCUGGCAGAUACGUCCUCUUUGACAACGGAACGCUGUAUCUCAACAGAGCUGGGGUAACAGAGGAGGGAGAUUACACCUGCUACGCUCAGAACACUCUGGGGAGAGAUGAAAUGAAAAUACGCAUCACAGUCGUCACGGCAGCCCCUCAGAUAAAGCACAGUUACAAGACCUACAUUAAAGUGACAGCUGGGGAUACGGCGCUGUUGGACUGUGAAGCUGCUGGGGAACCUAAGCCAAAAAUAUUCUGGUUGCUGCCCUCCAGUGACAUGAUCUCCUCUUCCACAGACAGGCACCUCCUGCACACUAAUGGCUCCCUGUCAGUCCGCCGAGCCAAACUGCUGGAUGCCGGGGAGUACAUGUGUGUUGCUCGUAAUGCUGGAGGGGAUGAUACAAAAUUGUAUAAACUGGAUGUUGUCGCGAAACCACCUAUCAUAAAUGGUUUAUACACGAACAAAACUAUCAUUAAAGUGACUGCAGUGAGGCACUCGAAGAAACAAAUUGACUGCAGCGCAGAAGGGACGCCUCCCCCCCAGAUCAUGUGGAUCAUGCCCGAUAACAUUUUCCUGACAGCUCCGUACUACGGCAGCAGGGUUGUCGUACACAAAAAUGGAACACUCGAAAUCCGGAACCUAAGGCCUUCCGACACUGCAGAUUUCAUCUGCGUGGCACGGAACGACUGGGGAGAGAGCAUGCUGGUGGUGCGGCUGGAGGUACUGGAAAUGCUAAGGCGACCUAUGUUUAAAAAUCCAUUCAAUGAAAAAAUAAUAGCAAAACCUGGAAAAACAACCACACUGAACUGCUCUGUGGAUGGAAACCCUCUACCUGAAGUAAGCUGGAUGCUGCCCAAUGGCACGUGGUUCUCCCAGGGGGACCAGGAUGUCGAGUUCCUCCCAGGAAGCCAUGGAACCCUUACCAUCCGCAACCCCAGCAGGGACAAAGCCGGGAAGUAUCGCUGUGCAGCUAAGAACCAAGUCGGCUACAUCGAAAAGCUGAUCGUCCUGGAAGUUGCUCAGAAGCCCACCAUCCUCAUUUACCCCCAGGGGCCGGUGAGGGGCAUCGGCGGGGAAUCGUUAUCGCUUCACUGCCUGUCUGACGGCAGCCCCAAACCCAGCACGGCGUGGACUCUUCCAGGCGGCCACGUGCUGGACCGCCCUCAGAUCAACAGCAGACACAUUCUGCUGGAAAACGGCACGCUGGUGAUACGAGCAGCUACCAUUCACGACAGAGGGAAUUACGUGUGCAAGGCCCAUAACCCCGCCGGAGAUUCGUCUGUAACCGUUCCUGUCACCAUUGUAGCCUAUCCUCCAAGGAUUACAAACAGACCCCCGCAGACCAUAAGAGCGAUGCCCGGUGCGGCAGUUCAGCUCAGCUGCACGGCGCUGGGAAUACCAAAGCCAGAAAUUACAUGGGAAUUACCUGACCACUCCAUACUUUCUACAGGCAACCCUGGCCGAGCAUCUGGCAGUGAACUGCUGCAUCCCCAGGGGACACUGAUCAUCCAGAACCCCCGGCCAUCAGACUCUGGAAUGUACAAGUGCACAGCAAAGAACCAUCUUGGCAGUGAUUUCACAGUAACAUACGUUCAUGUCAUUUGAAAUAAGAAAUACAGAAUGAAUGAUUGGUAGCAAGUAUACAGCUGGACUGAGUUUAUUCUUGGAAUAAGUUUCAUCAAAGGCAGCCAAAGGCACAUAAGUGCCUAAAUACAUUUACAGGAUUCAGUCUGCAAUGAUCACACCAAAAAGAAAAAGGAAAUUAGAUCUAGCAUUACCAUCCAGCAUUGAUUCAGUGAUUGAAGGGACUGAACUUGAGGCACUUUUGCCCUGCCAGCAAACUUGGAAUAUUAAAUGAUAUUUCUUUCUAGAAAUGUACCUAGAGAACUUCUGUACAGGAUUGAUGUUUUCAAACUAGAUUAAUAAUGUUCACCUUGCGUAGCUAUCAGAAGCAUGGAUCAGAAAGCAAGAAUGUCCAAGGACCAAAGAGCAGUAUUGUGAUGCAGAUUACCUUCUUAACACGUUAGAUUAUUUGGUACAUUUUUUAAAAAUAAACAUUCCCUGGUGAAACAAGCAGUGAAGACUGAUUCGCAGUCUUUUGUGCAGAAGGUUGGGAGGAUGCAUUCAGAAGAAUUUGGGCUUUAGUCCAGGUUGGCAUCAUUUUCCAAUUGUCACAAAAUUUCUUUUAAAGAUUUCUCACUUAGAAAACAAUUA